GUCUGAGCGUGACCUCUACAACAGUUGAAAACACACUGAAUGUAGAGGUACAUAGAAUGAGUUAUGCAUAAUUCUGUAUGAACAGAUGCGAAUGGAAGGUGCAGUCAGUUAAGGUUACUCAUCCUAGGUAUUAGUAAUUUUUAAAAAGGGCUUAUGUGCGCCGAGCCUCUGGAUUUCCGGCUAGGGGUGCUUAGUGAGACAGCAGGUGUUGCUUGUGGUCCCGUACUGCUCCGACAUGGUAAGUGGCUUUCGGGUGUGAUUGGUGUUCAGCUGGUGGUUACCAUGGUAAUGGCCAGUGUCAUUCAGAAGAUUAUACCUCACUACUCCUUCGCAAGGUGGCUGCUCUGCAGUGGUCGCCUAAAGUGGUACCAGCAUCCCACAGAAGAUGAGCUGAGGAACCUUGCUGGGAAGCAGCAGAAAGGAAAGAACAAGAAGGACAGGAAGUACAACGGGCACAUAGAUAACAAACCGUUGACCAUUCCCAAGGACAUCGAUCUGCAGCUGGAGACCAAGUCGAUUACAGAAGUAGACACACUGGCCUUGCAUUACUUCCCCGAGUACCAGUGGUUGGUGGACUUCACUGUGGCAGCCACUGUGGUGUACUUCAUCACGGAGCUCUACUACAGCCUGGCCGCACCCACUGGCGAGAUGAACAUCAGCGUGGUCUGGUGUCUUCUAGUGUUGGCCUUUGUCAUGAAGAAUCUCUUCUCUCUGACCAUGCACUACUUCAGGGUGGAGGAGGGUGGAGAAAGAUCACUCUGCAUCACCUUUGCUUUCUUUUUCUUCGUCAAAGCCAUGGCCAUUCUGAUUGUCACUGAGAAUUACCUGGAGUUUGGCCUUGAAACGGGUUUCACAAACUUCUCGGAGAGUGCCGUGCAGUUUCUGGAAAACCAGGGCUUGGAGUCACAGGGGCCCAUAUCCAGGCUGACGUUCAAACUGAUCCUGGCCCUGCUGUGCUCUCUGAUCGGAGCCUUCCUGACCUUUCCGGGGCUGCGACUGGCUCAGAUGCACCUGGAUGCCCUGAACCUCACCACAGCCAAAGUUACGCAGACAUUGCUUCACAUCAACUUUUUGGCCCCCCUGAUAAUGGUACUCUUAUGGGUGAAACCUAUCACCAAGGACUACAUCAUGAGCCCCAGUCUGGGGAAGGAGAGUCAGCCUUUGAUGACGGAGAGCACAUAUGACACUCUGCGUCUGUGGGCCAUCCUGCUGCUGUGUGCUCUGAGGCUGGCCGUCAUGCGCUGCCACCUGCAGGCCUACCUCAACCUGGCCAAGAAGGGGGUGGAGCAGAUGAAGAAGGAGGCAGGCCGCAUCAGCACCGUCGACUUGCAGAAGAUGGUGGCGCGUGUUUUUUAUUACCUUUGUGUGAUUGCCCUUCAGUAUGUCGCACCCCUAGUGAUGUUGCUGCACACAACCUUGCUCCUCAAAACUUUAGGUGGUCACUCCUGGGCCCCGUCCCUGGAGCCGGGAGAGCCUGGCCCCUUGGCUGUGAACUCUGACCCCAUGGCUGCCGCCUCUCCGGAGCCCACGUCCAUCCCGGGGCUGGCUAAGGCGUCGGUGGCUCAGCUCUCCAUGGCCCUGGGGGGUCUGCAGACUGUGUUCAGCCCCCUGCUCUUCCGCGGCCUGCUGUCCUUCCUCACCUGGUGGAUCGCUGCCUGCCUCUUUUCCACCUCCCUCUUCGGUCUGUUCUACCACCAGUACCUCAUGGCGGCGUAGGGCUGUGUCCUGCCCCAUUCCAGCACCUGGGGGCCAAGGCAGUGGGAAAGGGGGGGUGCUGUUGUUCAUCCUGCCCUCAAGUGCUUCCUCCUGGGUUCCUCUACAGUCUCUCUUCAAAAACCUGGAGACGUGAGUCUUAACACGAUGAACCUUGUAUACGUGUGAGAAUCUGUCCACACGUCCCACCGCCCCCUAAAAGAGGUCUUACCUCUGGCCGCUUGGAGAGAUGGCUCAUUUCAGAAUGGAGGCUCUGAGAUUUCACCAUGUGGACAAAAAGGUCACAAUUUCAACUGUCAUGGUCUCCAUUGUCUGAGCCAAGCUGAGAGAACAAAUGGGUACUAUGAUCACGUGACAAAGACCAUUAGGAUACAUUAAUAUUGUUUUAAUGAACAUACAUACAUGGAAUGCACACAGAAAUUUAAUAUAAUGUGUUUUACAGAGAUUUUUUUUCUUCUAAAGUAGAAGCUGAGCCAUAUUUAACAGAAGUACAAUUGUUUGUUUCCUAUUGGAUGACGACGCUGUCAAUCAACGCAGCUUUGCAGGUGGAAGCAUUUCCAACUGGACUGGAGAUGGAUGCUGCUGUAUAUUACAGUGAAGACGAUGCUGUGCCAGUGUGGGAGUGGACAAAAGCAAGGGUCAGGGGGGGCUUGGCGUGCAGUGGUGUGUGACCCCUGGGAUGUGGCAUUGAGGCAUUCUGCUUUGUUUGCCUUCUGUGGUAAAAUGAAGUAGAGCAUGGGGGAGAAAACAAAAAUCAGAGCCCAUUGUAUCAGCAUAAUCAGAAGUUCCCCCCCAAGAAUUUUUUAGUUGGAAUUCAGCGAUUUAAAAAAAACAAAAAAGGUGCCAAGUCUUAGCGUCUAAAAAAAAUAUAUAUAUAAUUACUGUAACAAUUAGACUGAACCAAUACUUGUCUGUGUUUUCUAAAGAAUCAUUUAAUUAUUGUUAUUUUAUUAGUAGUAUUUUAAUUAUCAUUUUAAAAUUGCCUGAUGCUUUUGAGUGCUGGGUUAAUAAACAUUUUUAAUAAAGUCAGAGCAGAAUUGCACAACAAAACAGGGUAUUUAUUUAUUGCAUGUCUGGUUCAUAAUAUCAAAGCAGUUUUAGGUUUUGUUUGACAGCUGGUCUAGUUCUGUGAAAACACAUUGUAUUCAUGAAGAAAAGUGAAAUGAAAGGGAAAAUUCUUACAAAUGACUGUCGCCUGUCUAGGUUUGCGUCUGGUCGUAUGAUUGUAAUUGUAAUUGUUAAUUGCCAGUGUUGGGUGGUAUCUCGGUGGGAAUCAGAGAUGGCAUGAGAUACAAGUGUGUUUGUUCCCAUAUAACUGCUGUAUGUAUCUCUUUAUGCCAGUCAUCAGGAUCAGCUUCUAUCCCUUAAUUCAUCAGACAAGAAAUUAAGUUGUUGCAAUUGCCCUUCAAAAAUUGUAUCUGUUAGUUAUGUGGAUGGUAUGCUUUGACAAAAUGAAUGGUCUGGCUUUCAUACAUCGUUACCUUUUUGUUUUUGUCCUGUAUUGUGAUUUUCUCUACUGGGGGGGACUUUUGGACGUCUGCCCUUUCAUUAUUAAAUCGUACUGGCCACUAACACCCAAGUUAAAUGUACAAGGUAUUCUUGCGUGCCUUAGGUACAAAGCCCCUGUUCUCUGUGAUCUGUUUGCAUUCUUUUGUGGAAAUUGCAUGCAUGCCAUUCAGCAUUCAGCAGGCUGUUCCGUGGCUGCGGUGACAUGUGUCACGUCGACGUGUCCGAGGCUUCGGGUCGUCAGCCAUUCACACUCCCUUAUUCUGACAUUUUUAACGGUUUCAAAUCUGGCAUGAGAAGCGAGAUGCUGGCUGCACACCACAGGUCACAAGGAUCUUUUUAAUCCCUCUUUUUCUUUUUUUAAGGAGAGCUCUGUUGAUCUGUCUUAAUUUAGUCUGACCACGCCAGGCAUGUACGGUGUGUUCCCAUAGGAAACCAGACCUGCAAAACGACAGUUCUGAAGAGGACUUUCAUGUGGAACACCUUUUAAAACGGAACCUUCCAGAUGCAUUUGUCGUUCCUUCACUUGAAUCAGUGCAGCACAGUUAACGCAAGCCCCCAAAUAUAAUGUUUGGUUUUCUUGAAAUUACGCACCCCCAUGUAUUCAUUAACAAAUAUUAAUGUUAUGCAGUUGUGUCCCUUUUGUCACAUCUGACUCAGCAAGGUGGGUCCAUUUAGCCACCUGUGUUUAAUGUAACAGAUUGAUCUUCAAAUGUAGUCACUUUUGGAAUUGUGUUAAUUGGUUCGCACAUCAAUCUGUAGUCAAGCGCAUACGUAAUCAUGUACUUAAUAAUUAAAAAAAUAUAUACCAAAGACUGUCAUUAAAUUGUUUAGAUUUACUUAAUGGGGAAAAAAUUGCCUUCUAUCCUUUCUUAAUCAUGAUUUUUUUAUUGCCCGUUGAAUGGAUGUUGUGUAGUUCUUGGAAUGUCUUACAUUAAUUAGGUGUUCUGAAUUUAAAUCUGUUGCAAAAUCUAACUUUUAAGACACUGAAUGAUUUUUUUGAAGGCAUUGUCUGAACACUUUCAUUUUUUUGACAUGAUUAAGACUAAAUUUUUUAAAAAGCGUAUCAAUGUAGUAGUAGUAUCAAAAUUAUUAGGAUUAGAGAAUUUUAUUUGUAUAAAACACUGCGUUUAACUGCUUAAACAUGCCAUUAAAUUUUGCUAUUUAUAGUCUAGUUUUUUUUCAUUGUAUUAAGUUGUGUUGAUCUCAGAUGCGAUGUUUUGGUUAAAGAAGGUGACCACUUAUCUUACAUCUAAGGAAAUGUGUCAUCUAAGACCACAGCGGUCAUGACAGUGUCCGUAAUGACAAUGAUGGCCAGUUUAGCAGGCGAUAACAAUUACUUUUGUUCUGAAUAUUAUGUUACAUAAUGUUUUGUGCACCAGGACCCGUCCAUUUGUUUAUUUGCCCAAAGUUUUAAUAUCAUGACCAUUUUAUCUGAAAGUCUGAUUGGUGUUUAGUCGGUCGAUCUUCCUCUUCUCUCUUUAUUGAUUUUAAAAAAAGGCUGCAAUAUGAAAAACCGGCGAGUGUUAUUGUAAUGAUAAAAAUUUCACAGCUAACAAAAGAUAAGAUUUGCCACCUGGACCAGACAAUUCCUUUUUAUUCGUUACUUCGGUAUCGGUGACUUAAAUGGCUCCAUUUUCUUGCAAACCAAAACAAUAAAGUUACUGUUGUCAAAGAA